CGACUUCCCAAGUAAGGAGCGUCAACCUCGGUCCUCUGACCAUGACAUUACAUCGCUGGUUGGAGUGGACGUAUAUAGGCCGUCGUUCUCGUUCUAAGAUAGCAAGUUCGUCCAUCAUCACGCGAUUUCGCCGGAAUGAAGCAUCUCAACUUUUUCCGCAUGCAUGUUAUUUUCUUCACUUUGACGCCCCUGAUUUUCUCCGGAUUUUUUUAUGUUAGCAAUGGCAGGUAUCCAGUUGCAUACAUUGAUGCACUAUACAAUUCAGUCAGCGCGAUGACCAUGUGUGGUCUCACGACUGUGAACUUGAGCCAGCUUACCGCUUGGCAGCAAGUGUUAUUAUUCAUCCAGAUGUGUAUUGGAAACCCAGUCAUCGUGUCGUGGGUGAUGGUUUACACCAGGAGGCACUACUUUGCUAAGACACUCGAUCAUAUUAUUGGAGUAGAGGCUGCCCGACAGGCCACGAUCAGGGCGGAGCAGCAGAUUACCGCUGCGUCUGCGUAUGAAGGGAAUUCUGUCGGCAGCAAAGGCGGAUGGUCCCGCCGCUUCUUCCGAAGGAAGACCGGCCUUAGUACAGUGCUGGAGGAUUCUGCUAGUGGUCAUCCUCGAACGACACUGAAGGACAGCGCAAAGAAACUGAGGCCCGAUAUGAUCAGGCGCAUGGAUGGACAGCCCAAACCAGUCAACCCGAGCGGACGGAUCAUAGAAAGCGAUGCGAUUCCUAUGAAGCGUUUUUCGGUGAAAUCUGCAAUGAGCUUAGAUGUGCACGCAGAAGAACAGGGGCAAGGGCCCUCUUCUCGUCAACUUGCGUUCGCCGAUGAAAUGACCCAGUCCCCAACGCAGCUUGAGUUGGAGAAUGAUGUCGAGAUCAAGAACCUACAUGUAGAAACUGUCAACGCGGGGCCUUCAGAUCUGAAAAGAAACACCUCUGGGCGUGCACGUCGUCUUUCCGCUUCAGGAAUUCUGGGGGAACACUCAAAUUGCGGGCCUGAAGCGGGUCAGGAUGCUGUAACGUCAGCUGCAUUGACUGGAAUGCCUCAGGAUACAACUAUCGAAUUUGUACCCACUGUUUCUCCUUCACAUCACCCCCUCUUUCCUGUCGGUAGCCGGACCGGUCACUCGGAUUCCCCUGAAAAUUUAUCAGAUAUUUCAGAAUUCUGUGCUCCCCGCCGCCGCCGUUCUUCCGCAGUCCCCCAACAUUCGCACGAGCCAUUAGCACAGCACCCAACCAUUCAAACACAUCGAUCUAGCGAUACUAGGCGCGCAUCGAAUUCGUAUCAUCUCGAUCCACCGCAGGAGCAGAUGCUACGAGGGUUCGGGGGGUUUCCUAUGCCGCACGAUCUGUUGGGGAUGCUGUUUGGUUGGCUGUUUCCUGAUACCAGGAAUAGACUGAAGAGAACUGUAACGAUUCCUGUUACUACUACUCUGACAGGCGGUGGGCUGGGACGGACUAUGAGUGACGCUGCGAGUAUCCCUUGGAGGCCAACACGCAGCGGAAGCAUUAGCACCAAGGAAGGUACGAAGCCUGUAACGUAUAUUUCGUUCGACGCCGUCGUCGGGCGGAAUUCUGCGUUUCAUUUUUCGACCAACGAACAGCUUGAGGAGUUGGGCGGAGUUGAAUAUCGGGCGCUGAACGCGCUGCUAUGGUUGGUUGCAUCUUAUCACAUAACCGUACAACUGGUUUCCUUCGUGGUGAUCGCUCCUUACAUGUCAUUGCCAAAGUGGGCGAGCAAUUUCGAACCUCCUGCCCAAUUUAGAAUAAUUACGGUCCCUUGGUUUUCAUUGUUCCAAGUCGUAUCGGCGUACACAAAUACCGGAACUUCUCUUGUCGACCAGAACAUGGUACCCUUCCAGACAGCCUAUCCCAUGAUCCUUUUCAUGAUAUUAUGUAUUUUGGCUGGCAACACUGCAUUUGUGAGUGUCAGAAGUUGGAUCAUCAAAAAACUCGUACCGAGGGAUUCUCGACUGGAUGAAACGCUGCAUUUCCUCCUGGACCAUCCCCGCCGAUGCUUUGUUUAUCUUUUCCCUUCAUACCAACUUGGUUUCUCCCUUACAGACUGGUUCUGUUUUUUGGUUCUUGAUAUUGGUAACCCUGACAUCGAUUCCAUACCCUUAGGAACGAGAGUUGUUGCUGGACUAUAUCAGGCCAUUGCCGUUCGUACCGCGGGGUUUGGAAUAGUUCCGCUUGCCAGAAUAGCUCCCGCUGUCAAAGUCAUGUAUGUUAUCAUGAUGUAUAUUAGCGCAUGUGAUGUCCGCUCGACAAACGUCUAUGAAGAGCAAUCCCUGGGUAUAUAUGAUUAUGAUGAUUCAGAGGAUGAAAAUGCCUUUUCCACUGCAGGCCCAAGGAUGACAGUAUGGUCUCGGUAUUUGGCCAUGCAUGCACGUCAACAACUAGCAUUCGACAUGUGGUGGUUGUGUCUGGCGCUGGUGUUGAUUUGUAUCAUAGAGCGCGGAAACUUGGACAACACGGAGAUACAGGGCUGGUUCAAUAUCUUUACUAUCAUUUUUGAAUUAGUCUCAGCAUACGGGACUGUCGGUCUCAGUCUUGGGAUACCUACCGAAAAUUACUCGUUUUCCGGUGCCUUGAGGCCUCUUUCAAAGCUCAUAUUAUGCCUCGUCAUGCUUCGCGGGCGACAUCGUGGUCUCCCAGUAGCCAUCGACCGCGCUAUCAUGUUCCCUUCAGAAUUCGAAAAGACAAAUGACGAGCCGCCCGUCCCUGUCACGCAUGAUGACAGGCAAUCAAGCCCUCACAGCGAGUUUCUGCAUACGCGUGACCCCCUUCCGAAAGAAGGCGGUCUCGCUUCCAGCAACGAAGGUCCAAUUACUUCGAGGAACGACUGAAGGAAGAUGAGAAGUGGAGUGGCAGCUAUGAUGCACUUGUUGAGCCUGGAAGACAAAACGCGAAGACGGAAGUAUCUAGUAUGACCUUAUGCUCGCACCAUGGUUAUGAGUUAACUUUG